UCCAGUCAGGAGCUCCCAACUUUCCAGCGGAGCACACGCUGCGCGCCCGGACCUCCUGGACACGGCGGGGACUUUUUGUUUCCAAUUCCUUUUUUUGAAAAAUUUAUUCCCACGAGAUGUUGAAUGUAAUCGAGCGAACACAGAAUCUACUCGCCUCUCGGUGCCGCACAAGACUGAAUUAGAGAAACAUUUUUCUUCUUCUUUUCUUUUAUUUUUUUUUUUUUGGUGUAGUUUUCUUAUGCCAACUCCGGGGCCACGCAGUGCGCACAGGUACAGUCUCCCCUGAUCCGCCCCUCAGCAGGGACUGUCCACCAGCCGCGUCGGGAUUUUCUAUUCUUAUUAUUGAUUUCAACUUGGAGAGAGAGUGAUCGAUCUGUUGGAAUUGGUUUGUUCAGUGACUUGCAAGGUUGGAUCAGAACUUACAUUCGGAAAGCUGUAAGAUUUUUUACAAUUUAAAAACCGCUCUUUGGGUGCUAUUGGAGGUUGGUGCACCAUGCAGCUGGACGGUCUGUGCACGGUCCUCCUGGCACUGUCCAGCUUGGCUUUCGGGAACCAAGUGAGCAACGACCCACUGGCCGCUCCCCGAGUCUUCAUCUCCUUCAAAGAGCUGAGGUCUACCGGUACCGCUCAUCACUUCGCCUACCUCCUCAACACAUCCGACUACCGGAUCCUUCGUAUGGACGAGGACCAUGAUCGCAUGUACGUUGGCAGCAAGGACCACAUCCUGUCCCUGGACCUGCAUGACAUCAACAAGGACCCACAUAUCAUCCACUGGCCAGUAUCCGAACGAAGAAGGAUGGAGUGCCUUGUGAGUGGGAAAGACGCCAAUGAGGAAUGUGCAAACUUCAUCCGUCUGAUCGAGCCAUGGAACCGCACUCAGCUGUACGUCUGUGGGACGGGAGCUUACAAUCCAGUCUGUACUUUCGUCAAUCGUGGACGCAAACCUCAGACAUCCAUGUAUCUGCAGAUGGCCCAGGCCAGAGGAAGGGCUAGCCGCUCAGCUGAACCCAGCGCGGUGCACGAGACACUUGGACUAAAGGAAGAAAUCUUCCAUUUGGAGCCGGGGAAAGUGGAAUCUGGGAAGGGGAAGUGCUCCUACGACCCGAAGCUCAACAGCGUGUCAGCUUUGAUCAAUGGUGAACUGUAUGCUGGGGUCUAUGUUGACUUUAUGGGAACAGACUCUGCCAUUUUCCGUACUUUGGGGACAAAGACUGCCAUGCGAACAGAUCAGUACAACUCCAGAUGGUUGAAUGACCCCACUUUCAUCCAUGUCCACCUCAUCCCUGACAGCGCGGAGAGAAAUGACGACAAGCUGUACUUCUUCUUCCGGGAGAAGUCCUCGGAGAUGGGCCAGAGUCCUGUGACCCAGUCCCGCAUCGGACGCAUCUGCCUGAACGAUGACGGAGGUCACUGCUGCCUGGUCAACAAGUGGAGCACCUUCCUGAAGGCCAGGCUCAUCUGCUCGGUGCCCGGUGCCGACGGCAUGGAGACGCACUUCGACGAGCUCCGGGAUGUUUACAUACAGCCAACACAGGAUCUAAAAAAUCCCGUGAUAUAUGGAGUCUUCUCCGUCUCGGGCUCUGUGUUCAAAGGCUCUGCGGUUUGUGUGUACUCCAUGGCCGACAUUCGCAUGGUUUUCAAUGGACCUUUUGCCCACAAGGAGGGUCCCAAUUACCAGUGGGUGGCCUACACAGGGAAGAUCCCCUACCCUCGGCCCGGCACGUGCCCCGGAGGUACGUUCACUCCCAACAUGAAAUCCACUAAGGACUAUCCAGAUGAAGUGAUUAACUUUAUGAGGAAUCACCCUGCCAUGCACAAUGCGGUGUACCCAAUACACAAGCGCCCCCUGGUGGUUCGGACUAACGUGGACUAUGAGUUCACCACUAUCACAGUGGACCAGGUGACAGCUGCAGAUGGCAACUAUGAAGUGCUCUUCUUAGGAACUGACAAGGGGACGGUUCAGAAAGUCAUUGUGCUGCCCAGAGAUGACCUGCAGACCGAGGAGCUGGUGCUGGAAGAGGUGGAGGUUUUCAAGGUCCCUACUCCCAUAACAACGAUGAAGAUCUCCUCCAAAAGGCAACAGCUGUACGUGUCGUCUGUGGUCGGACUGACCCAGUUGGCUCUUCACCGGUGCGACGUGUACGGUGAAGCCUGCGCUGACUGCUGUCUGGCCAGAGAUCCUUACUGCGCAUGGGAUGGCAAAUCCUGCUCCCGUUACUCGGCCUCGCAGAAGAGGUCUGACCCCUUUAGACGUAGCCGGAGGCAGGACGUUAAGUACGGGAACCCCAUCCGUCAGUGCCGAGGCUUUAACUCCAACGCCAAUAAGAACACUCUGGAGAUGGUGCAGUAUGGGGUGGAGGGAAGCAGCACCUUCUUGGAGUGUCAGGCCCGAUCUCCACAUGCUGUCAUCAAAUGGCAUCUGCAAAGAGAUAACAGUGACCGUAGAAAAGAGAUGCGUUCUGAUGGUCGGAUUUUGAAGACAGAACAAGGUCUGCUCCUGCGGUCUCUGCAGCCCUCAGACUCUGGCAUGUAUCAGUGCACGGCCACAGAGAAGAACUUCAAACACACGCUGGUGAAGCUGCAGCUGGUGGUGCUGUCGAGUCGGGCCGUCAACAACGCGUUGGUGGAGGGUGGCGGAGGCUUGGUGCCAUCUUCUCUCCACUCCAGCAGCACCCAGUGGACCCCGAGCGCAGGCCAGUACAAGGACCUGCUGACCAUCCUGAGCCAGCCGGAGAUGAGCCUGAUCAAUCAGUACUGCCAAGACUACUGGCAGUUCGGAGACCCGCUGCUGGGGACCCUCAAGGCCAAAGACUUGAAGGAGCUCAAGGAGCAGAAGAAGCCCCGCAACCGCCGGCAUCACGGGGACGGGAAGGAGGAAGAGGAGCAGGAGGAAGUAGAGACAUGAGGAGCCUGAGUUUGUGUCUGAAACACCCUCAACACAUCCCACCCAACCCUCCCCCACCCUCUGUCAAAACUGGGAGAGACUCGAUGAGAGUAGCAGCGUGAAAAAAAAUCCACAAACCGGAAAAAAGCGAACUGAGAAAAAAAGAGGCUUACAAACACAACCCCCACAUACAUCCACUCAACCAGUAAGAUAUAUGAUACACAGUAUUUAUUGUAGGUUGUAUAUAGUAUCAUUCUGUGGAAUUCUUUGUACUUACAGAAAAAAAAACAUGCUCUUUGUGUAUAGGUACCUUUGGGGCAAAUAUUGUUAUUAUUGAUGUUGUUAAUUUUAUUGUUGCUGUUACUGUCAUUACAAAACACAUCUGCCAGCAUCAUAUGACUUUGGCAACUGAUUGGAAUGUGUUAUCAGGCGUGUAAGCUGUUGGGAGCGAGCCGCGAGAAGCUCUGUGUGACGGGGAAAUGAGUUGUUGAUAAGAGGUGACGGGAUCUCUGUUGUUUCUUGCUUGCUUUGACUCGAUGCCAAGACUCUUAUUUCUGGACACUCCAGGAAGGCCUGCGAUGCAACCUCCUGGUGGCUGCAUGCAGACAGAGACUUCAUAUUGCGAGGGGACCAUUGACACAUGGCCCCGGUUAUUAUGGAGAAACAGUCCUUUCUCCAUGGGAACCCAGACGUACAGAAGAUUGUUCGAAUAUUCUCACUGUUGUAUUAGGGCCCCUUAACAGAAAACUGGUGCUUUCCCUUUGGGUUUUUUCUAUUUCUUUCUUGAUUGGAGGACUGAUUGUAAAAUCCAGCAGCACCAUUGCUACCCACAAGCGCAGACACUAGAGAUGUACGAGCGCGUACCAGAAGAACGACUAGAUUUUCAGUUGUACCCUAUUGUGAGCAACCUGCAGCUUCUUCUGGCCAUGAACUCAAGUUAAAAAGUGAGACACAGACGAACGAAGCAGGCAUCAGAUCAGUUACUAAAAAAUCCAUUAGGAAAUAUAAAGGUGGGCUCUUUUCAAAUGCAAACAUCCUUUGAACUGAGAUUGAGGUACAAUAAGGGUCAAUGUUUUGCACAAAGGGCAUUAUUCUUUUACUUUCAAGGGACAUUGGCUGGGGCCAAAUGCAACAAAGCACACUCGGGCAGGUAUUCUGUGAAGACACAAGUUUACGAUGAAAGAGAUGCCUGGAUCAGGCAGCCGUCGUUAGCAGUUAGCAGUCCUGAGCGCACAGGACAUCUUUUCUUGUUCCCUCUUUGACAUUCAUGUGUGGAAAAAAAACUGCCCAUAUACACAACAGAGCAUUGUAACAAUGUUGUGACACUAACCAAAAUAUUGAAUAUUGGGAAGCUGGCUUUCAUUGUGUGCAUGAACCUGUAUUUGUACUGUAAUUCUGAUAAGAUAGUGCGUGGUUGUUUGUUUUUUUCUUCUGUUUUUCAUCUCUGUGGGUGUACAGUACUGCCUGAGGGACAUUCUCAGUACAACGAAACGGGGAAAACAAAUGCUUUAAAGAUGCCGUUAUUCAAAUAUCCCCUGUGUAAAGCAUGACACAUCUUUUUAUUGACAAAUAUAAAUUUUAACUUUAGGUAUGAAGUGAAAAUACGUAGUUUAUACAUUUGGAAAACCAGUGGCAUUGUAAUUCCAUAGACAAAAAGAGGGUGGUUAUUAAAAAUAUUGGAAUUCUCACCCUUCAGUACUUCAUGCUAUUAAAAUGGUAUUUCAUCAGAUCUCCACAAAGAAAAAAAUUAAUAGAGGGGAAAUUGUAACAAGGUCUAAAUUUAUUUUCAUAUCAUUUUGACACUGAGGAGCUUUUCCUACAGCUUGUCUAGCUUGUAUUCAGACUGUAUGAAAGUCAGCAUGGACGCCUCCCUGGAAAAUGCAUCCAUAAUUCAUACAGGGGUGUGUCCACUCCUUCAGUUUGGGCUUUGUCUCCAUUCAAAGAAUCAGUCGAUGCUUCUGAUCGUCUCGUCCAAAUGAGACUGGGGUCCUACAGCAAGAUUUGAAGAAAAAAAAACAUGCAAAGAAAGGUUGUACAAUUUGUUGGUAUUUUUUUUUUAAACGUGUCUUUAGUUUUUGAGUGUUUUGUUUGUUUUGUAUUUUUUUCUUUUGCAUCAUCAGAUUUUAUGAAAAAAGAAGAAAGCAAAAUGCACAGAGGUGAUGUUAUUGUAAUGACUUGUGUAAAUUACUCUAUCUUCCCUUUCCAUUGUUGUUGCUGACUAAUAAAUUAAAGCUCUAUAUUUUAUAAGAAUGGAAUGCUCCCCCCCGUCAUUGUGAUUCGCUUGAUGCUGGAUGUUUUCCAUGUUCUGCCCAGAACCCUCUGGAUCCUUGGAAUAAAGUUGUACCUGUUAAAGAGA